AUGCAACAAUUUUCCCUCUCCUAUCACUCGAUUUACACGAGAAAUUGGCGAGUGGUCGGGGCGAUUUGGGUGUUGUGUGGAUUGUGUACAACGGUACUUCAAACAUUGACACUAAUCCAUCCUACGUGGAUAGGCAAUGACGAAGGUGGAUAUUUCGGAUUGUAUGAUUACUGUGGAACCAGCGAGUGUCCAUGGAACCCUUUCAGAUUUCGCCGCCUGGAUUUCUGGUUCCAACUAUCCGCACUGGCCGUUCUGAUAGCCACCGUUUUGAGUUUUCUCGCCAUUUUCUUCAUUUUGCUCCAAGUACUUCUUCGUGAUCGUCAUGUCUUCACAGUUUGCUCUUGGCUUCAUUUUGUGGCUUUCCUCGCCAUGUCUGCCGGUUGCCUCCUCUACCCUCAAGGCUGGGAAAAUCCACGUGUCCGAGAGAUCUGCGAGUCUCGGUCAUAUAAAUUAGGCCUUUGUCAAAUCCGAUGGCCUUAUAUUCUCGCAAUCGUACUGGUCUUUGAUCAACUAACUCUUGCCUGUCUCGGAUUCGCGUUGGCACUCAAAAAACCACCACGGAUUCCCGAGUUGAGCUCGUUGACCGGACCUACCGUAAUCAGCAACACAAUUCAACCGGUGCCCCGACCACGUAAAAUGUCACUUCAAGACUCUUUUUAUUCACACUCUGGAUCUCGUUUAGAAUUGUAA